GGAGAGGGGCUGAACCGAGGGGACAGCCGUGUCCCCGAGGAGCCACGGGAGCGUGAGGGGCCGGCGCAGGGCGGCGCGGCCGCUCCACCCGUCGGGGCGGGCUCGGGCAGGCCAGGUGAGGCGGGCCCGGCUCUGCCUUUCCCUCCUUCCGCAGCCUCCCGGCCGGCUGGCGCUGCGUGUGCCGGCAGCAUGGCGGAGUCCCAGGUGCUCCUGCUGGACGAGUCGCACGUCAAUGAGAAGGUGACUGCGGCCCAGGCCCGCUUCUACUACAGCGAGGAGCAGCGCCGGGCCCUGGAGGCGCUGGUGACCCGGGGCGAGGCGGCCUACCGGGAGGCGCUGAGGAAGGAGCAGCUCCGCGACUUUCUCUCCAGCCGGGAGCUGCAGGCCCUGCGGGGCAGCUGGCGGGGAUACGACGACCCCCGGGAGGGCGGCAAGGUGGCGCGGGGACCUGGCGGGGAGACCCUUUCGCUGGCCUACUGGCCCGAGUGCUCGGACACAGAGGUGCCGCCGUUGGACUUGGGCUGGACCGACAAGACCUUCUACCGGGGCAUCAGCCGGGUGGCCCUCUUCACGCACCCCCGCAAGGAGGAGAGCGUGCCCCACCUGAAGGAGGUGGUGCGGGAGAUGAUCCAGCAGGCGCAGAAGAUUAUUGCAGUGGUCAUGGAUGUAUUUACAGACUGUGACAUCUUCCGUGAUAUUGUUGAUGCAGCAUAUAAGCGCUGGAUCCCAGUCUAUAUAAUCCUAGAUGAGGAGGGUGUGAAGCUCUUCCUAGAAAUGUGCAGAUGCCUCGACCUCAGCGACUUGCAGAUUCGGAAUAUCCGCAUACGUUCUGUGACUGGAGUUGGGUUCUACAUGCCAGCAGGGAAGAUCAGAGGCACGCUGGCAUCCCGAUUCCUGAUGGUGGACGGUGAAAAGGUGGCCACUGGAUCAUACAGCUUCACAUGGAGUUCAUCCCACAUUGACAGAAACAUCCUGCUAGUCUUGACAGGACAGCAUGUGGAGAUGUUUGACAUUGAGUUUCGUGAGCUUUAUGCCAUCUCAGAGGAAGUUAAUUUCUACAAGGAAUUGGGUAUUGCUAACCCAUUCCUUCUUGGAAUUGGGAAGUCAGGCCUUCAUUCCUCCACCGUGGCUCGAAAGUUCAUUAACCCCAAGUAUGGUUUAGUGGCAGGGGCAACCCGUGGUGAUAUGAUGCUCUGGGCUUCACGACACAGGCAGGAUCAUCAGGGGAACAUGGAAAAGGAGGAAACAAGUGAGUCAAAGAAACGGUUAAAUCAGUUUCUGAAUGACUUAAUCACAUUGGAGCAAGAGUUCCCAGAAAUUGAUCCACCUCUGGAGAAUUUGAACAAGCUGAAUCGGAGCCCUCAAAAACUGUUCUCCCGACUCCACAUGGACCUGAAAAAUAAAUCCAAAUCCAGAGAGUCUAUUCGAGAUAUGAAGAAAGAAGAUGCACACGCCAAUUCAAAGCAAGGAAAACGGUUUGCCAGUGGGCUUUUCAGUCGCAAGGCCAAACGAUCUCCAGGCUCAAGCAUUGAGGCCAAUUCUUUUGCCAGUGAAGGACAUUCAGGAGAAGACCUUGGGAACGUGAAACUGGAAUAUGAGCGGCUCAGCAUUGGCCAUGCCAGUGUUAGGAGCACUGGAGGCAUCUCAGGUAACCUGGGUCCAAACUCCACUACAAGUGAUAAAAACAAACAAUCUACCUGUGUGUUAUCUUGA